CCGAUCCAAAUGCGCAGAGCUUUCUUGUUUGGUAAGCUAAUUUUUGCGAAGCCGAUAGAGAAAAAGAACAACUCAGAGAAAUGGCAGAGGGGGGACAAGUCUUUGGCGUCCACACCGUUGAUGAAUGGCACCAGCAUCUCCAAAAGGGAAUUGAUAACAAAAAACUGUUAGUUGUGGACUUUACUGCUUCCUGGUGUGGUCCCUGCAAGUUCAUUGCUCCAUUCCUUGCAGAGUUGGCCAAGAAGAUACCCACUGUUACCUUCCUGAAGGUGGAUGUGGAUGAAUUGAAGUCGGUAGCUACUGAUUGGGCCGUGGAGGCGAUGCCAACCUUCAUGUUCAUCAAGGAGGGGAAGAUCGUUGAUAAGGUGGUAGGAGCCAAAAAAGAUGAGCUGCAGCAGACCAUUGCCAAGCACAUCAGUAGUACCUCAUCAGCCUAAUUAAUUAGUUUUACUCCCUAUUAUAUUGCACUUGGUUGAGUGACAUCUAUCUUUAUAUGAGCAAGAAUCAGUUUAAUUUUUGUUGGAUAUUGCAAGUUCUUAUUAUUAGUCAAAUAUUAUUCUGCAGUUUGCACUAUUCCGUAUCUAAUCAAAAAAGGGAUUUUUUGCGUUGAAUGAUAAA